UGAUAACGUUUAAAAUGUAAUUUAGCUGAAAGCGUAGUUAAUGGAAAAUUUAAAAAUAUAAUUACAUAAAUUGAUACAGUUUUGUCUCAUUUUAAUGCGUUUUGUAUUCUUGUUCUAAACGAUAAAUCCAUUUAGCCUACAUGUCUGGCUUCCCGUCGUCGUAUUCGCCUAAAUCGUCACCGCGAGGAGCUAGGUCUCCUGUUGUGUCAAGACAAGAUUCGACGGGCACACUCAAGACAACCAUUUCCUUGGGCAAAAAUCCGUCGAUCGUACACAGUGGACCAUUCUAUCUUAUGAAAGAACCACCAUGUGAAAGUGAAUUGACUGGAUCUGUUAAUUUGAUGGCGUAUUAUGGAUUAGAACACACUUAUAGCAAAUUUAGUGGGAAGAGAUUAAAAGAAAGUCUUUCUUCUUUUUUACCGAAUUUACCCGGUAUCAUCGACACACCUGGACAUAAUGAUCAAAGUUCAUUACGGUCUGUUAUUGAAAAACCACCUAUCGGAGGAAAAGAAAUUUUGCCAUUAACUACUCAUCAGUUAGCUGGAUUUCGAUUGCAUCCUGGACCGUUACCAGAACAGUAUCGCUAUGCCAAUCAGCCGCCUAGUAAAAAACAUAAAAAUAAGCAUAAGAAAAGCAAAUACAAAAGCGGAGAAGCUCUUUCUCAGGACAUGGCCGCAAAUGAGUUGGGUUUAGGUGAUAUUCAUGAGAAAAAACACAAAAAGCAGAAACGUCAUGAUGACGAUAAAGAACGGAAAAAGCGCAAAAAAGAAAAGAAAAAGAAGAAACAAAAGCACAGUCCAGAUCACCCUGGGAAUAUUACGCCCGGCCAACAUUCAAACUGAUAUUAAAUGUAAUAUAUUUGUAUUAUUUUUCCUUUAAUAUAUUUUGUAACUUAAAACUUACUAAUAACUGUUUCUUCAAAAAUCAAGAAAUGUUUAUACAAUGUAAAUAAAAUAUUAUCAUGUUGUAAGGAUUUUUGAACAAAACAUUUACAUGUAUAUUAAUUUUUUAUUCGGUGUUCAU